GCUCCACUUUAAGAUCAUGCGUUGUCCUUAUCCCUAUCGUUUGUCCUUCCCCAAUGCCAAAGUCGAUGACGCAUCGGAGGAUGCUUUGUUGCAAAAAGCCCUCGGUGCCAAACAGUCCGCAGAAGUAGCCAAGUUAAAUCCACAAUCAGCCAAUCUCAACUUCUCGAAAGUGAAUUACAGUCAGAUGGCACCUCACGUCAAUCUGGACCCUAGGCAGGGGCUGGAAGACGCACCGUCCUUUGAACUUUACCGAUCGCGGAUCCCUAUGACCAUCUUUCGGGGCAUUACUGCUGACAUUAACAAAAUGUUUUUUCAUUAUGGGCCUAUGCCGGCUCAUGGGAACGAGGUGACGAGAUCACGGUUUCUUUCACCGAUCUUCAAUUGCCUCGUGCCACUUUUCGGAUUACACAUACGUACCACGCCGGAAGUGCAGCUGGAAGGAAGCAAAGGGAGAUAUAAGAAGGCCGUGGGGAAUGCCACUGAGCACCUCAAUGCGGUCGCACAGCUGAUUGCCGGAUGUAAUGCUGGUGAUUUUGCUAAUCAGCGUACCUACUUACAGGUCCCUGUCUAUGGCAUCUUGUAUGAUGGGAAUGCAUUCGAAUUCUUCAUGUUCUCUCGCAACACCGAAUCUCCCAGUCAACCUUCAUUCUUCUGUGGCUUACUCGAAGACCCGACUGGAUCGAAAGACAUAAUGCCAUUGGCACUACUUACUGGGAAAUCCAGGACCUUCGUCUCAUUUGCGAGCUUUGAUCUUCUCCUCAAGUCAUAUAUCAAGUGUUUGACACAGUACUACAACAUUUCACAGGAGGACUCAAACCCGGGACUGAAACGGCCCAGCUUGGACGGUUGGGAUGCAGCUAUCAAGAGUGCCAAGGAGGCUCUUGACAUAUGUCGGCAAGCAGAUCAACAUCACGCAGCAGGCGAAUGGGAAGCAUCCAAUGCAAAAGCGGAGCAUGGCAUGCAAAUGCUAAGAUAG